AUGGCCAAACCCGGACAGCCUCAGUUUUCCCCGGCGCGGGAUCCAGACCCUGCCUCACCCCUGGACCUGCCGGAGAUGGAGAAGCUCCUUGUGCAGGUCGGAGGCCAGGAUGACAAGCCCCUGAAGCCGUCCAAGUCCCUCUCGGGGCCUCUGGAUCUGGAGCAGAAUGGCCACAGCCUGCCCUUCAAGGUGAUAUCCGAGGGGCACCGGGAGGCCUUGCACCCCCUCUCGUCCUCCCGGGCCAGCUCCAGGCGGGCGUCCUCCACGGCCACCACCUCCGAUGCCCAGGACGGAGAAGUUCCCAGAGAUUAUCUCAUCCUUGCCAUCGCCUCCUGUUUCUGCCCUGUCUGGCCCCUCAACCUCAUGCCCCUCAUCUUUUCCAUCAUGUCUCGAAGUAGCGUGCAACAGGGGGACCUGGACGGGGCCCGGAGGCUGGGCCGCCUGGCCGGGACACUCAGCAUCACCUUCAUCAUCAUGGGGAUCAUUAUCAUCAUUGUGGCCGUGACUGUCAACUUUGCAGAUAACCUCAACUGUGUUGAAGAUGGCCUGUGA